UACUAUCCUUCACGCCCUUCCAGUCAUGCGGCUCCUUCCCUUCGCUUCGGUUAGUCUCUUUCCAUGUUCCUUUGUCCUCGCCGCGUCGCGGACGGACCCGCCCUCGGGCGCCGUGGUUGUUCCGGACGACUACUCGACCAUCCAGGCUGCGGUGGACUCGCUCGGCGACUCUGAGGAUGCCGUGAUCUUCAUCUACGGCGGCACCUACAACGAGCAGGUGUACAUCGAGAGGAAUGGCGCGCUUACCAUCUACGGCGAGACCGAAGACACGUCGGACUACAAGGGUAACAAGGUCACUAUCACGAACAGCCUCGACGCAAGCGCGGCGGGGUCCAACGACGCGAGUGGCACCUUGCGCGUACACAGUGAUAAUGUCGCCAUCUACAACAUUGACAUCGUCAAUUCGUACGGCAAGGGCUCGCAGGCUAUCGCUGUCAGUCAGUAUGGUAGCCAAGUGGGAUUCUACGGGUGUGGCUUGUACGGGUACCAGGAUACGCUGCUCGCGAACGUUGGCACGCAGGUCUACCUGAAGAGCUACAUCGAGGGCGCAACAGACUUCAUCUUCGGUCAGCAAGCUCAGGCAUACUUCGGCGGGAACACGCUUGCUGUAAGCGGCAAGGGCUGGAUCACCGCUCAUGGAAGGCAGUCCGAUGAUGACGGCAGCUACGUCUUCAACAAGAACACAAUUGUUCUCGCCGAUGGUGCCGACUCCAACACGGAGGGCAACUUCUACCUUGGUCGUCCUUGGAGAGAGUAUGCGAAGGUCAUCUUCAUGAACACCGACGUUCAAGCCAAGAUCAACCCCGCCCUCUGGUCCAUCUGGAACGAAGGCGACGAGCGCACCGGGCACGUCACCUUCGCCGACUACGCCACCACCGGCAGCGGCAUCUCCUCCAUCUCGCGCCCUUCAUUCGCCACCGAGCUCAGCAGCGAGUCGUACUCGAUCUCGACGGCGGUGGGCAGCGACUACGCGAACUGGGUCGAUGCGGAGUACUUCGUUUGAGCAGCACUAGCGUGGCGAGGAAGCUGCUGCUGGACGGUGGCU